GAUGAGAAAGCCCAGCGCCUUGGACAGGCAUGGCGGAGUACACUAGCUUCUACUAGCACCUAGGCAACGGACCGUACCAAGAUGGAGGGGAGAGUUCACCAACCACUAGACAUAGACAGGGUUUUAAAGAUGGCCUGCUUGCUCAUUUUUGUUACCACGCUGCAUCUCGUCACACUAGCAAUGCUAUUCAUUGCAACCAUGGAAAAGUCCUGGUGGGUGUGGGAUUCCACAGAAACAUCAGACCUUUGGUACAACUGUAAGUUGGACAACUCCACGGGAACUCAGCUGUGUGCAACCAUCAAAGAAACAGAAUGGCUUCAGGCUGUACAGGUCCUCAUGGUCAUCUCAGUCGUCUUUUCCUCAGUCUCCUUCUUGGUGUUCUUAGGCCAGCUGUUCACUAUGUCGAAGGGCGGACUCUUCUACUUCACAGGACUGUGUCAAGUCUUUGCAGGUCUGACAGUCUUUUCUGCUGCACUAAUCUACACUCUUCACAAUACGGAAAUCCUGCUGGACUCAAAAAAUCUGACUUCAGGGAACUUUGGCUACUGCUUUAUCUUGGCGUGGGUGUGUGUCCCUUUGUUGUUGUGUAGUGGGAUUAUGUAUAUCCACCUGCGUAAGAAAGAAUGAUCAGACAAAGAAAAUCUAAGUCAGCAGCUUUAAGGUUCAUAAAAGUGACUGAAUUUAGAGAAUGCUACUUUUGAAAAAGCAAAAUGUGUAACAUACCCUUAGAUAGUUUUAUCUGUUUAUAUAUAUAUAUAU